CAUUGUUUCACCUCGCCUGUUCACCCUCAGCGCCUGCCUGCCUCGUCGUUGUUGGCAAUUCUGAUACCAUGGCGCCUGCAGCUGUCAAGAGGAAACGGCAGCAAGAUGGCGACGGCGAUAGAGGUGCGUCAACUCCUUCCUCUUCCAAGAAGCCGGCGGUGGCCAAGUCGCGCUCGAGGGACAGCCGUAAGCUCAAGCGAGACACUGAGCAAGCAGAGAUUGACGAUCUUGAAAGCGGCGUUGCAUCAUUCACACCGCCCAAGGACUACAGUCGCUUCGAUCAUCUGCCUCUCAGUCGAAAGACAUUGCAAGGUCUGAAAAAGGCUGGAUACUCUCAGAUGACAGACAUUCAGUCUAGAUCACUUCCACUGUCUCUUCGGUCGCGUGACCUGCUAGGGGCAGCUCGUACAGGCUCGGGCAAGACGCUCGCCUUCUUGAUCCCUGUUCUUGAAAGGCUGUUCAGGGCCAAGUGGGGUCCUAAUGACGGUCUGGGUGCUCUGAUCAUUUCUCCGACCAGAGAGCUUGCCAUUCAAAUCUUCGAAGUGCUACGCAGGAUGGGUUCUGCGCAUACGUACUCUGCCGGUCUCGUCAUUGGAGGCAAGGAUCUCAAGCAAGAGAAGGAUCGAUUGGCGAGGAUGAACAUUCUUGUUGCUACUCCCGGACGACUUCUGCAGCAUAUGGAUCAGACCAUCGGUUUUGAUUGCUCGACUCUGCAGGUGCUGGUCCUCGACGAAGCUGACCGCAUUCUGGAUAUGGGCUUCUCCAAUACACUCAAUGCCAUUGUCGAAAACCUCCCCAAGGAUCGGCAGACGCUGUUGUUCUCAGCCACCCAGACGAAACGAGUUAAGGAUCUGGCAAGACUCAGCCUCAAAGAGCCCGAAUAUGUGGCAGUCAGAGAAUUUGUUGGUGAAGGAAAGGAAACGGGCGAGGGUAGUAGCCUCACUCCGAAGAACCUUGACCAGCACUACAUGGUCGUCCCGCUUGAGGAUAAGCUGAACAUGCUAUUCUCCUUCCUGCGAUCGCAUACGAAGUCGAAGCUUCUUGUCUUCUUCUCUUCCUGCCGUCAGGUCCAGUUCGCUCACGAGACAUUCUGCAAGCUGCGACCGGGUAUGUCUCUGAUGGCGUUGCAUGGCAAGCAGAAGCAAGCAAAGCGUCUGCAAAUCUUCACCGAUUUUACCAGGACCUCUCACGCUGCUCUCUUUGCCACUGAUAUUGCCGCUCGUGGUCUGGACUUCCCUGCCGUAGAUUGGGUCUUGCAGAUCGACUCGCCCGAAGACGUUGACACGUAUGUCCAUCGGGUAGGUAGAACAGCACGUUACCAGGCCAAGGGGAACUCGCUCCUCUUCCUGCUACCCAGCGAAGAGAAAGCCAUGGUGUCUCGUCUCGCGGCAAAACAUAUCAACGCUGGCGUCAUCAAACCCAGGGAGAGCAAGACACAGUCGAUUCAGAAUCAGUUGCAGUCCUUCCUCUUCCAGAGCCCCGAGCUGAAGUAUCUAGCACAAAAGACGUUUGUGUCUUACGUCCGCUCAAUCUACCUUCAGAAGGACAAGGAAGUGUUCGACGUCCUAGCCUUGCCUCUCGAGAAGUACGCUGCAAGUCUAGGUCUACCAGGCGCUCCAAAGGUCAAAUUCGUCAAGGAAGCUAGCGCUGCACGUAAGAAGGCUGAUGCGAAGGCGAGGGCACUGGAGAAGCAGGCUGCAAGUGAGGCCAAAGUAGUACCCACGGAAGAGUCUGUAGAUCAGACACUAGAUGGCAAAGUCAAAACGAAGUAUGAUCGCAUGUUUGCCAGACAAAAUCAAGGAGUCCUGUCCGAGCAUUACGCCAAGCUCGUAUCCGACGAGAGGCAAGAGUCACCGGACAGCGAUAGCGACGAUGAUGAUGACAGUGAGAAGCCUACAACCUUCGACGAGGCUGGUGCUGGCGCUCCGACGUCAUGGCCCGGAAACGAUGACGAUGAUUCUGGUGCCGACGACGGCGACUUCCUUACUCUCAAGAGGCAGAACCACGCGCUGGAUGGCAGCGACGACGAGGCAAUAAGGACUUCAACCUCGCCAGUCGCGGAGAGGAAAGAUAGUCUCGACACCCAGCACUCAGAGGAGGCGAGCUAUCAGCUGUCGAAGCGUAAGCUGCUGCAAGGUCAGUCCAAGAAGGCGAUGGCCUCAGCAGGCAAGCGUGGAGCAGGAACUAAGUUGACCUUCGACGAUGAAGGCGUACCACACGAACUGUACGAACUCCAAGACGAGAUGGCCUUCCAGCAAGGAGGCUCGGCUGCCGACCAGGCUAAGCGCUUCGUCGAAGAGGAGGGAGAGAAGCUCAAGCAGCAAGACGUCGAGGACAAGGAGAGGGUCAAGGAGAAGCGGCGGGAAAAGAAGCGGCGUGAGAAGGAGAGGGGUAGAGGCCAGGAUGGAAGCGAUGACGAAGAUGCAAGCGAAGGAGGUGCAAUGGUCCUGGCUCCUAUCGACGACAGGGAAGACGGCUAUGUCACCCCUGACUUCGAGCUGGACAGUGAGAGCGAAGAGGGAGACAGUGAUGAUGACGAUGACGGUCCGCCCGAAGCGGAGCAAGCGACCGGCAAGGGGCGCAAGCAGUCAGGACAGCAGCAGCAGCGCCCUCCCAAGAAGUCCAAGAUUGAACGCAGGAGCGCAAAGGGCGUCUCUGAGCCAAGCAACAGUUUGGCGGCAGAUGAAGAAUUGGCUCUGCGGAUCUUGCAAGGCUAGGAGAAUUACCAACACACACAGGUGAGUAGUCGUGCUGGCACUUUGCAGCGUCUUCUCGAUGAUGUUUGUACGUAAUUUGCGCCUGAUUGGUCGGUCAUCGUUAAGGACGCUCACGCCAGAGAUGUCUGAUGACCGACUGUGCUGAAAAUGUUACCCUGAGAGCAAAGACGGAACGGGAGCAGAGAGCGGAACACACAGAAUGGACUCAGUGCGACUGACACUCGCUGCGUUUCUCCUACUCUCUCAGUGACAAACUCUACAACUUCAUACAUACCAAUCUCGAUACCUUCCUGCCAUUCA